GUGAAAACGGAAUCAGACAACGAAACGUCAAUCAUCGCACAUUCAUCGGCUGUAGGAAAGGUGUAAAACAUUAGUGUAGUGUAUUUUUUCCAUCGCCCCGUCGUCUUCUUUGGCUUUGUGGCCUCCGGAACCAUCAGAAAAAAGAGUCAUCAUCAUCGCGCGGAUCGUCGUCUCUCGGAGUGCUGCUUUUUGCCUUCAGUUUUUGUCCUCAUUUCGGGUGAUAUAAUUUCGAUCAGCUUCUUGCCGCAGUGGUGACCAAAAUCUUGAGUGUGGAAAACAAGGAAGAGUUGUGCAAAACCCUGUAUUCGUAAAAGUGCGGAGAAAAAAGGGCGAUUCUGUCCUGUCUGUGUGUGCGAAGGAAGAAAAAAAUAACUUUCGCGACGGAAAGUGGCCGCGGCGGGGCGAAGAGCAAAGCGAUAUCACAAGAGUAGUUGCACAAGUUGACGGACGGACGGGAGCCAGAAAGAGAGAAGAGACGAAACGAAAUCAUCCAUCCAUUCAUUCAUCUGACCCCCGAGGCUAAAGAAAGAAGCAGCAGUAGAGGCACAGAGGAACAAAAAAACGGAAAACCUGUCUCAAGAAGCAGCACCAGCAGCGAGCACUCUAAUACACCAGCAUAGCAGUACCAAAUAAUGGCGAAAACGUACGACUAUCUGUUCAAGUUGCUGCUGAUCGGCGAUUCCGGUGUCGGCAAGACCUGUAUCCUGUUCCGGUUCUCCGAGGAUGCUUUCAACACGACCUUCAUCAGCACGAUCGGAAUUGAUUUCAAAAUUAGGACCAUCGAAUUAGACGGCAAAAAAAUCAAAUUACAGAUAUGGGACACAGCCGGCCAGGAGCGUUUCCGGACGAUCACGACGGCUUACUACCGGGGUGCGAUGGGUAUCAUGCUGGUGUACGACAUCACGCAGGAAAAGUCGUUCGAAAACAUCAAAAACUGGAUCCGGAACAUCGAGGAGAACGCAUCGGCCGACGUGGAAAAGAUGCUGCUGGGGAACAAGUGCGAGCUGAACGAGAAACGACAGGUAACCCGGGAUCGAGGCGAACAACUAGCAGUAGAGUACGGUAUCAAGUUUAUGGAAACUUCGGCGAAAGCUAGCAUCAACGUAGACGAAGCAUUCUUCACGCUUGCCAGAGAUAUUAAGUGUAAAAUGGAAAAGCGAAUGGAAGCCAACAAUCCUCCCAAGGGCGGUCACCAGCUGAAAGCGUCAGAACAACCCCGGAAGGCACCGAGCUGGUUAUCGAAGUGCAAUCUAUUUUGACCUUGUAAUAGUCCUAUAAAUUAUUGUAACUUUUUUAUAUAACAUACUAACUAAAAUAACGGUAAACUAUUAUAAUUAUGUACUGUGUAGAAGAAGAAAAAUUGAGAGCGAGAGAGUGAGAGCUAAAAGAAUUGGGGACAGGAAAAAACAAGGAAAAAUCGACAGCAAUUCAAAGAAAAGCACACAUACACAAUAACCCACGAUAAGAACUUGGACAGCAUAGGAACGUUUGGUCAUUCGGAAAAGCAUUCGUCUACGAGUGAAGCGCCCACAAAUUGAUCUCCCCAGACAGAUAGUUUCAAUUUCUUUUUAAUUUAUUUCCAUUGUAAACCCAAUAAGGCAUGACUGUGUAGGAACCAGACACUCCACAGGACGACCACCAAAUGAGUCGAUAAAAUAACUUAUGAUGUAUGUAAAACCGAUAUCGAGUGAUAAGAUUAUGGAAGACAGACAACCGGAAAACCCUGUUUGAGGUUGAAAAGCUACAAAACCAACAAUAUUGUGUAACACACGAGAAAAACAUUCUCAAUGCCCAGAACUCCACCCAGAUGUAACGGACAGGAAACAUUUAAACUAUUGUAUGCCGCUGUAAUAACGUACAAUUAUUCACAAUUCCUCGAAUAAUAACUUUGAAUGGAUCUAGCUAAGAAAACGACAAGGCACGAUAGUAACGAAGAAAAAGAAAGAUAUCCAGAACAACUCCGCUAGAGUUUUGAACAAUACUUGUGAAUAACUUUAGAUGUGAUUAAUAGUCUUUUGAAUAGAAACCUUUCUUCGUGUGAACCCCAACGAAUUGUAAUGCUGCACAGUGUUUAAAAUUGUCGAUUUCGAAGUUUCUUGGUAUAUUAAAUCUUUUGGUUCAAACAUUUCUUUGAAUUAUCCAGCUAGAAGUGGGAUAGAGAGUAGUGUGUCGAUCAAGUUGUGGGGUGAGUGACGUAAUCAAGAUCAAUCGUGUUCGGUUCGCGUUGUGCGAGAAGAUAUUGAUGUUCUAUGAAGGAUGGAUUACCAACUGGUGAGCUCGUUUCAUGCUCUUGAUAACACAAUUUUAUCGUGGCAUCGUUACGUUUAUGUAAUUUUCUUUCAAACUAUGGAUGAUCCGUCACUACAAGUAUCGACAUAAACCCAUAUUCCUGUUUCAUAUUAUUUUAAUAUACACAUACCCUUUUUCUUUUCGUCAUUACUAAAAAUAUCCUUUGAAUAGUUCAAUAUUAUAAAUGUGGAAGUACAUUCUCAAUAUUCUACCAAUAUCUUUCCACCAUGAGACAAAAAUGCAAAACUAGUUUUAAGCAAGAGUUGUAUUUUUCUCCUUAUCCAUGGAUCGCAUCACCAAUCAUGUUGUUCUUCAAUUAACAAGAAACUUUCACUUAAACAGUACA